GGGAGCCAAACUCUUCGUCUCUUUCUCUUCUCACUCACUGCCUCUAAAGUCAAUUUGUGUCCCUCCUCCAGAUCCCAGUUCCCACACUGCGAUUUCCAAUUCAAAUCCCGAAGCACCAUCCUCACAUUCUCCGGUCAUAUAGAUUAUAGCAGCACAGUUGUACGGGGGUUGAGGAUGGAGAAAACCGGUGGCAAUAGAGCAACCUGGGUUUUUUGGAGCAUGAUUAGUUUCUUAAGGAGAUGUCUUUUUCUUGUGAUUUCCGCUCGUCCUAUACCUCAUCACAUUGCCUUCAUCAUGGAUGGGAAUAGAAGGUAUGCUAAAAAGCAGAAGUUAAUGGAAGGGACUGGACAUAGGGUUGGUUUUGUAGCUCUCAUGUCCAUGCUUAAGUACUGUUAUGAGUUGGGUGUAAGAUAUGUAACAAUAUAUGCCUUUAGUAUUGAUAAUUUCAAAAGGCAACCUGAAGAAGUUCAAUCCUUGAUGGACCUGAUGCAGGAGAAAAUCGAAGGGUUAGUUAAAGAAGAGAGCAUAGUUAAUCGCUAUGGAGUUAAGGUGCACUUUAUUGGGAACCUAAAGCUCUUGAGCGAACCUGUUAGGUUGGCUGCAGAGAGGGCUAUGCUGGCAACUGCGAAUAAUUCUAGAGGAGUUCUAUCAAUCUGUCUUGCCUACACUUCUACUGAUGAGAUUGUGCAUGCCGUUCAAGAGUCCUGUGAACAAAAAUGGGAUGAAAUUAGUGUAUUGAAUGCUAGUGGAGCUCGGUACGGUGUAGAUAAAUAUGGAGAGAAUGAGAAGGAUGAAAAGGAAAACAUUGUAAAAUUGACAGAUAUCGAACGGCACAUGUAUAUGGCAGUUGCUCCGGACCCUGAUAUUUUAAUUCGUACUUCUGGGGAGACCCGCCUGAGCAACUUUCUUCUGUGGCAGAGUGCAUACUGUUGUUUGUACUCUCCCUCCGUGCUCUGGCCUGAGAUUGGAUUUCGGCAUUUUGUUUGGGCAAUCUUGAACUUUCAGUGUAACCGCAUAUAUCUGGAAAGAAAAAAGAAACAGUCAUAACGAUGUUGAAUGAUCUCUACUUUUACUGGACUACUAUUCAGUGUUACAAAUACAGAUUAAAUGCAGGCUGGUAACGUUUUUUCAGUGCUCUUGCCUGUAGUUCUUACCUGAGAUUGUAAAAUGACAUCUGCUGUAUUGUAAAAUAUUUUGCUUAACACAGUAGAUUAGGUUUUGGUCUGUGAUAUUUUUGAUUUGCAUAGCUGACCUUUUUGUAGCCUUGAUGAUAUCAAUUUGCACUUCCUUACGCACUCUCUUCCCAUGACAUGUUAUGAAUGUUCUUUCUGUAACACAAAAUCGGAUAAAGCUUUUGAGAUUUCAACUCUU